AUGUCGCGCGAGACGGAGCUCGAGCGAGCGUUGGGGGAGUGCGCGAGGGCGGUGCGGGACGCGCUCGGCGCCGAGCGUCGCGCGACCUGGGCGCAGUUAUAUGUCUCGGGCGACGCGUACGACGAAAAGACGCUGGAAGGUGCGGGGAAGCGGGUGAGGGAGUUGCUUGGAGGAGACGUCGCGCUCGUCGGCGCGGUCGUGCGAGCGAGUGUUGGUGGUGAGGGGGUGACGGGCGAGGGCGUGACGCUCACGGCGGCGUCAAUGCCAGGGACGAAGACGUGGACAUUUCGAGCAAAAACGUCAUCUCUACCGGCGUUGGACGGCGAUGGGUCGUGGUUGGAGCUUGGUAGGAGCGUUAUGAGCGGGGACACAGUCGCCGUCACCGCGUUUGCGGACGCGUCAUUCGAAAACGUGGAUCAACUGUUGGAGCGUCUGCACACGGCAAUGCCGAACAGCGUCACCGUGGGUGGCGUCGUGGACGAGGGGAGUGUGAUGUUUCUGAACGAUGACAUCGUUCGGCGCGAAGCGGUUGCGCUUUUGGUACAAGGCGACUUCGAAAUGAACGCGCACGUACUUCACGGUGCGAAACCGAUUGGGCCGGUGAUGAACUUGACGAACGCAAGAGACGGAUUGGUGCUCGAGUUGGACGACACGCCGGCGCAUCCGUUAUUGCUCGAGACGCUGGAACAGCUUCCGGCGCGCGCGAAAUCGCUUCCCGUGAUGCUUGGUCUCGGAUCGAACGACGCAAAGGGUGGACCGUACGUGUGUCGAGACAUUCUCGCCGUCGGAGACACAGGUGGCGUCGAACUCGCGCACUCCAAGUGGAAUCUGCGCGAGGGCAUGCCGGUGCAGUUGCACAUUCGUGACUCGUCUUGGGCAAGCGAAGAGGCGUCGCGCGCAAUCGAGAAGUGCGUGUCGUCGACGGGUCUCAACGACGGCGCCGCGGGCGUUGGUGCAACGAUGUUUUCGUGUGGUAACGGCAACUUGAUGCACGCAAGCAAUUUCAGGGAACGCGCCCCGGGAACGGCGCUCGGUGGCGCCUACUUGCGCAGUGAAAUCGCGCCACUGGCCCAAGGGCGCGCGAGCAGCGUUUUGUCGCACACGUCCGCGAUCGGAAUUUAUCGAAAGCGCGACUGA